AUGGGAAAAAGGUGUGAGCAAAUGGAGGAAGAGGUCACUAGGACGACUGUGAGCGGGACUCGAACAAGCGGCCGGCAAAGUGCCGUCUCCGCGAGUGUUGACGAUCCGCCUGCGUGGCUGGCGCCUCGAGACGGCGUCGACGGGAGCGAAAUGCGAGAAAAAGAAUGGACAAUCGGCGGGGACAAAAGGAAAAAGCCAAUCAACACGUACUACUCACGAGUAGAAAGGAAAGCUCGGUCGCGUUGGGCAGCAUGCCUCGGGGGCCGAACUCGAAGACCCGAUCCAGGCUCCUCUGCACCUCGACGGCGGUCUGUUCUGGGGGCGGAAAAGACGAGAAAAAGGUACAAAAUAGGCCGACGACAGAAGGUUUCAAGUCAACAUUUUUUUGGUUUGUAA